ACUUGCAUCACUCACUCGCGCAGUGCUUGUUUAGUCGCAGAAAACUAAACUGCACAAAUAAUGUAAAACUUCUGUAAUCGUGGUAUCUGAAUGGGAGGGGCUCUCUCUGCAAGCGGACAACUACGAAAGGUUUCAGAAGAUCCCACAAAAGGCAGUGGAGGGAGAAUUACGUUUAUAUGGUCCAUUGUAUUGUGGCUACCUGCUCUGCAGACAUGGCUUUCUCUGGCAAAUGGGAGACUCAAUCACAGCAGGGAUAUGAAGAUUUCUGCAAACUCCUUGGUAUCCCCGAUGAUGUAAUUGAGAAAGGUCGUGACUACAAGCUCAUAACAGAGGUUGUUCAGAAUGGGGAUGAGUUCUCAUGGACCCAGCACUACCCAGCCAACCACAGUGUAACCAACAAAUUUGUCAUUGGCAAAGAGUGCGACAUGGAGACCAUUGGAGGGAAGAAAUUUAAGGCAACUGUCAACACAGAGGGGGGCAAGCUGAGUGUGCAGUUCCCCAAGUACCACCACACAUCGGAGAUCAGUGGAGGGAAGCUGAUCGAGACCUCCACGGUCAACACAGCCAAUGGUCCAGUUGUCCUGAUCCGUACCAGCAAGAAAAUCUAACUGCAUCUCCCAUGUACAUUCAACCGUCCCAAACCUUUUAAAAUAAAUUCCAGGGGGA